CCUCAUCCCAGACAGCUGCAGCGGCCCUCUCCACACAGACCCAGGCUCUGUACUUCCCCUUCUGAAGCUGGCUGUCAUCUGACCCACUAUGAUGCCUACAGAACUCACAAGCCUUAUUCCUGGUAUGUUUGACGACUACAACUCUGACUCCACUGAUUCCACAGAUGACUACAUGAAUUUCAACUUCAGUAGCUUAUUCUGUCAGAAAGACAAUGUCAGGCAGUUUGCAAGCCAUUUCCUUCCACCUCUGUAUUGGCUUGUUUUCACUGUGGGCACCCUGGGCAACAGCCUGGUCAUCCUUGUCUACUGGUAUUGCACAAGAGUGAAGACCAUGACUGACAUGUUCCUUUUGAAUUUGGCAGUUGCUGAUCUGCUCUUUCUUGCCACUCUUCCCUUUUGGGCCAUUGCUGCUGCCAGCCAGUGGACAUUCCAGACCUUCAUGUGCAAGGUUGUGAACAGCAUGUACAAGAUGAACUUCUACAGCUGUGUGCUACUCAUCAUGUGUAUCAGUGUGGACAGAUACAUUGCCAUUGUACAGGCUAUGAAGGCUCAGAUGUGGAGGCAGAAAAGGCUGCUAUACAGCAAAAUGGUCUGCAUUACCAUCUGGGUGAUGGCAGCUGUGCUCUGUACUCCAGAAGUCCUGUACAGCCAAGUCAGUGAGGAAUCUGGCAUUUCAGUUUGUACCAUGGUCUACCCUAAGGAUAAGAAUGCUAAGCUAAAGUCAGCUGUCUUGAUCCUGAAGGUCACAUUGGGGUUUUUCCUCCCCUUCAUGGUCAUGGCCUUCUGUUACACCAUCAUCAUUCAUACACUGGCACAUGCCAAGAAGUCAUCCAAGCACAAGGCCCUCAAGGUGACCAUCACUGUCCUUACUGUCUUCAUUAUGUCUCAGUUCCCCUACAACUGCGUUCUUGUAGUGCGGGCUGUUGAUGCCCACACUGUGUUCAUCUCCAACUGCACUGUUUCCAUCAAUAUUGACAUCUGCCUCCAGGUCACUCAGACGAUUGCAUUCUUUCACAGUUGCCUGAACCCAGUUCUCUAUGUUUUCGUGGGUGAGAGAUUCCGUCAUGAUCUGGUGAAGGCCCUGAAGACCAUGGGAUGCAUUAGCCAGGCCCAGUGGGUUUCAUUCACAAGGAGAGAGGGUAGCUUGAAGUUUUCUUCUAUGCUACUAGAGACAACUUCUGGGGCUCUCUCUCUCUGAGAGAACUCACUGAGGCAGAGGGUCCUUUUUGGAAAUAAUGAGAUAUUAGACAUAACAUUCUUCCUACUGAUGAGACUAAAGAGAAAGCAAGUAAUAAGGAAACGAGGGGAAACAAAACAAACUGGAAUGAACCCAAACUUCAUUUCGCUCAGUCAGAAUUUGCCAAACAGUUUUCAAAAUUGAACACCCCAGAAAGGCACCAGUUAGUUUUUUGUUAUAGUAAGUGAGCCGUGCACAUGCUGAUCACCAGCGCAGCUGGGUUCUGGAGGUGUUGACUUUCUUCAGUGCUGUUACUUCAGCUCUGAUGCUUCUCCUCUGCAGAGGUGACAAGAGCACUGGCCACUGCCAUCGUACACACAAGCAAGGCUUGGUGACAUUUUCUACUUUAAGGUCUUUCUCUAUAGUCCUAUUGGUAGGAAGACUGUCUGUAUUUCUCAUUACUUAUAGAUUUUUGAUCUAGAAUACACUCAAAACAAUCUGAGGUUGAAUGCCAUUCUGAUCCUCUUGGUCUCUUCUGAGCCAGGGAGAACCAUUGUUCCUAUUUUGGACAGACUGGCCAGUCUAUGUACAGCUGUCCACAUCACAACAUCACCUGGAGUCUGUUGCUCCCAGCCCACUUCUGUGUCUGGCAGUAGAUGCCAUGUCCAAACCUCGCUGCAGGCCAGAUCUAGGAAAGGAUCUAGUCUGUUCCCUGGUAUGGGGAAAGUGGCCCUCACAGAAUUAAACCUGAGAAUAUGUUUGGAUGGUGGGGACCUAGCCUUUGGGACUUCCUAAGGGAAGAGGCAUUUGCUGCAGGUUCUUCUAUCUUCUCCCUGUCAGUGACAUGUCCUUUCUAAGGCUCCCAGAAUUGUGUUUGCCUCCUUGCUGCCUCCCCUUUCCUUAUGCUGUAGUGCCAACAGCUUACAAACUUUUAACUUUAGAGAGAUUAAAAAGAAUGGGUUGGCGAGAAAGCUGAGAUUAAGAGCACUGACUGUUCUAGAGGACAGAGUAGAACAACUCCCAGCACUAUGGCAGCUCACAACUGUCCAUACCUUCAGUUCCAGAGGACUGACACCCUCACAUAGGCAUACAUGCAGGCAAAACGCCAGUGCAUAUGAAAUAACAUAAAUAAAAAUUUCAAAAGAAAAAAUAAGUAAUAUAACUUACUUUCUGCCUAUGUUUUUAACUACUUGUCGAAUUUCACACAUUGGAAAAAUUAUUGCAUAUCUUGGGAAAGUGCUUUAUAAUGUAUACUUAAAAAUGUUCACCACUUGCCAUUUGCUUUACCCUUUAUC